AUGACAUCAGGUGUUUUUAAAUUAUCAUCAUUCUGCCUACAUUUAAAAGACAAGAAAUGCAUAAAACGUUCGAAGAUGGAAUAUGAUAAAGAAAAUAAUAUAGAUAAUGACAGAAAUUCAUCUGCAAGUCAACCAAUGGCACCAAAUCAUUCUCGUAAGUCAUCAAGUGUCGAAUCGAAAAAAGAUAAAGCAUCGACACAUACAACAAAACGAUUUCGAUCACCAUCAACACAAGGAUCGUCAAACACUAGUAACACCAUAACCAAAAACAAUCGACCAUUAUCAAAAAAUAGUACAAAUGCAUCUCAUCUAUAG